AUGAUGGACGGGUUCUACAACGUGCAAGAAGCCAACACAGCGUUGGAAGAAGCAGUACUCGCAUUCGAUGACAACGCACAGUGCUGGCGCUUGAUACGUCGUGGAGGGACCACGGACGCAGCGGAUGAGAUGAUUUUCGCCGCCACAGGCGCACUAGUGGUGAUGGACUUGCCGCCAAUUCUAAAGGAUCCCAGGGGAAUGAGAGAGAAGAUCCGAUUUAUGAGUCAGUCAGUGACGCUGUCUGGGCUGGGCAGCCAAGGAUUAGAUAAGAUAAUCGAGGCGCUGAGAGGAUUGGGCGCCGACGAUGGCACAGGGCUAUUUCAGAAGGAUAAUCGAUGGAGGAAAGAAAAAAUAUGUGAAAGCGAAAUCACAAAUGUUCAGGAUCGGGGAUAUCGUCGAAAGGCAAUGCUCAAUAGUAUUCGUGAAGUGCAGAGGUGGAGACGUAAGGAUGAAAGCGAUACUGAGGGUGUUGGCACUUGUUAUCUGCAACCACACAAUGAACGCGGCGAAGAACAAAAGUGCCGUGGGCAAAAACGGCACAUGACGCACACCGAGGAUGAAGCUGAAGUGCCGAAUAGGGUUCGAAUACGAAGAAAGCGAAGGAUCGAUGGAAGGAAAACACAGGAGAGGAAGAAGGGGUUCUGGGCCGUUGUUCCGGAAAACGGCAAGCCCCGUUCUCGGCUCUUGAUCGCUCUCUUCAUCCUUCCUAUUGGACUACUCGUCUUUCUCUUCAAUCGUUCCGUUACCUUGAGACUUAAAAUUUUGACCGACCCGUGGUGUGCGUACGCGUUCCCUUGGGGUUCGAGAUUCUUUCCACAUGAACGCCCACCAUCCCUCGUCAUUACUACCUUACUACGUAACUGGAUUAGAAGUAUUGAAGAUGCUGGAUCUAUAGUCGAUGUGUGGUGGGUUAGUAAUGCAGGGGAGGAUCUUAGGAGGCGCGUCGCAGAGAGAAUGUGUUUGAAUCGAGUGCCGCGGGUUAGGGAGGGCCUGGAGCGGUACCGGUACAAUUCGAAGAUCAAGAUCAUGGUGUUCUCGAAACCGUGCUUUGCUGUGAAUCCGUGUACAUCCGAUAUCGAUCUUUCCACGGAGGAACGUUGUAGACGUCUUCCUGGCGCAUACGCCGCAAUGAAUGGGAAGGAAACCAUUUAUCCUCGUCCCAAGAACGAAAACUCGUCACAACUCUAA